AUGGGUGUGACGGGGUCUGGAAAGAGCUCUUUCAUCUCACUAUGCGCCAGAAAGCGAGUCGAAAUCGGCCAUACCCUAGGUGCCUGCACAUCUGUCGUCGACGUCUACGCCUACGAACUAUCACCAGAUCGCACCGUAUACCUAAUCGACACGCCCGGAUUUGACGACACGAAUCGGAGCGACGCCCAAGUUCUCCGCGAAAUCGCGACAUGGCUGGGAGACUCAUACCAAAACAAGAUUCUUUUGAGUGGUAUCCUAUAUCUACACCGGAUAAGCGAUAUUCGAAUGCAAGGAUCAGCCAAGAGAAAUUUAACGAUGUUUACUGAGCUUUGCGGAGACGAUGCUCUGAAAAAGGUCAUUCUGGUGACAACGAUGUGGGACAAAGUUGCAAGCGAAGACGCCUCAAUGCGCGAGAAGGAGUUGUUCGACAAACCUGAGUUUUGGGGAUACAUGCUCAGCAAGGGGAGUACCUCCCAUCGACACAGCAAUACCGAAGACUCUGCAAGAGCCAUUGUUGAUCUUCUUGCAAAGAACAAUAGACCAAUUACAACGAACUUGCAGAAGGAGCUGGUAGAUGAGCAUCGCUCUCUGAACCAGACAUCAGCAGGUCGGGAAUUGGAAAGCGAGUUAAAUAAAGAGAAGGCGAAGUGGGAUAUGGAGCGUCGCGAGAUUGAAGAGCAGAUGAAGGUUGCGAUAAAGCAGCAGAACCGAGAGGCUGAACAGGCCAUGCGUGAAGAGCGCGAGAGAUAUACGAGCAUGAUCAAGAAAGCAGAAGAGGAUACCGGGGUUCUCCGGUCUGACAUGGAGAAGCUUCUUGCGCAUCGAGAUGAGCGCGUGACUCGGUUGGAACAGCAGUUGAAGGAGCAACAGGCGGCUUAUGACGCUGCUUUUAAGCUGAUGAAAAAUAGAGAGAAGAGGCUUGAGAAAGAGAAAGCAAAGCUGGCUAAAAAGACAUCUGAGCCCAAAGUACCGCCAUCCCCGUCGCCAUCGCCAUCGCCAUUGCCGACCGAUAGGGAGAAAUCCAAAGCGCGAGGGAAGGCGGAUUCAGAAGAAGAAGUUGCUGUCGCUACAUGGACUCGAACAAACGAGAAAGACGUGGAAAGUCAUUCGAGAAAGACCGUAUAUGUCCCUUUUUGGGUGGUCCUGCAUGGCACCAAAUUCGCCGGGUUUAGUAGCGAAUAUAACGCCAGCCAAAUGGCCUACCCAGAGAUGCGAAAGGGAUCAGGAGUGCUAGCAGCCACUAGCUACGGAGAAUCCCACGAAGGAGCCUUGACAUGGAUUGCCCGUUACAACGAUGGGACUUGGGCCACCAGCGACGGCCUCUUUGUGCGGUACGGGCAUCUAGGCACUACACUAGAAACUCGAGGCUUCCAGGAUCUCGAGACGUGUGUUCUCGGACCAGGCAAUACAUACUACGCACGAUGGCGAACUAACAAAUGGAGCUGUCACGGAAAGACCGAAUUCAGGAACGCGAUCAGGACGCACAGUACUAUGGAAGAUGGCUCCACGAUCUUGAAUCUGACUAUUGGGUUCGGGGGCUCGUAUGUGAUUUCCUAUGGGCGCCGAAAUGAUUUGCGGAAUGUGAAGUCUGUUUGGAAUCUGCGUGGGCAUUACGAACAUCUGAGUAAAUUCUUGGACAAAAACAAGGAUAUCAGCAUCAUUGCUCUUUCACUCGAUCCAUUGAGUAAAAGCACUUAUAUGAUUAUCUUCAGAGAGCCCGAUAAAGCCGGUAGAUGGGAGCUACGGUGGUUCGGUGUGAGGAAACUGGAAAAGCCCAUCCAUGACUGGUGGCAUAAAUCAUGA